AUGGGGCAGGGACGCAGUGCCAAAAGUGUUAGCAACUCUGCGGCAUUCUUGUUGAUUUUGCUGGCGCAAAACUGUGGCCGGGCACGCAGCCACGGGCGUGAUGGAUUAGCAAAGUUGGAGUUUAGCGGCCGGGCCCGCCCUGUUUAUAAUUUUGCGAAAAUAUACGAAACUUUGGGUGCGGCACAAGGGCGUGGCUGGGGCCAGUCCGAGUUCCAUGUUUUCGACCAGCUGCAGCAGGACUUUGAGCUUCAGUGGCAGCGCACCACCACGGCUAGGCCAUUUAGCAUCCUGCAGCAGCUGGAUCGGGAGCACGAGCAGGAGGCCCAUAGGUUGGGGGCUCGACCCAACACCAGUUUCGAUAUCCUGGAGACCUUGUACCAGGAUCAGAGGAUUUAUGAGGCGAAAACCACAACCCAUAAGCCCUUUCUUGUGUUGCAAAAGCUGGAGGACGAUUUAAUCAAGGCGAACAGGCGCACGACCACCGUCAAACCCUUUAAAUUGGUGAGUGCACUCGUCGAGGACUUAAUUAAAAAGGACCAGAAGGCGGGCUAUCUCAGUGAAAAACCAAACCAUGGAGAACUAGAGCCUGAGCACAAGGCUGAGCUGAAGCCCGAGUCCCGAGCUAAGCAGAGCCAGAAGAGAAGACGCAAACGCAUUCGGCGAAGGCGCAAGCGGAUUCGCCGCCGACGGAAAAGGACACGUCGACGACGCCGGAAGAAGAGAAAGAAGCGCCGGAAGAAGCGCAAGAAGAAGAAGCAUAAGGGCGGCAAGAAGAAGAAGAAGAAAGGCAAGCGAAAACGGAAGAAGCAACCGAAGCCGGAGCACGAGGAACACGAGGAUCAUUCCAUCUUCAAACCGGCCCACUUGAUCUUUGCAAAUCCCACCAAGCAGCCGUACUACCACCACCAUUAUCCCUCGGGGAGUCCUUACCACCCCACCAACCAAUUGCAGGUCCAGGCCAUUCCCUCGGCUCUCUUGGCGACGUUGACCACAAAAAAGCCUAAGAUCACCACCACCCACAAGCCCUUCAGCAAGAUCAAGUACCUGCUGCGGCACAACAGCAUCUUCAAAAAGAAGAAAAAGGAGUACCUUAGUCACGUGGGCCAGGUGCUAUAUCCGUUCGUCAAAUUUGUGGCCUUCUUCACGGUCCUCAAUCCCUUUACGCUGGGAGUAUUCCUGUUCACCCUCGUCUCGCCGGCCGUCUUUGGGUUCCUGGGCUUUGUGGCACUGAGUGUGCUAGUCAAGCCCUUCCUUAACAUUGUCUUUGGUGUGAAGCGGAAUGUAGACGCCUUCGACCGGAAGCGGUGGUUGGCCAACAAGCAGGCCGAGAAGCUGAAGCUGGGACUGCGUCCGGUGACCAUUCACAAGCAUUAUUACCAGCAAAAGCCGGUACAUUCGGCUCCGCCAGUGAGGCUUCGUCCGGUAGGUGGCCACUGGCGGCGCGAGGACGCCUCAGAAUCUCCCAUGCCACCUCCAGUAUCUGGGAUGCGACCACCACCAAUGUCACCUGAAGCUCCACCCCUGAGAAAGCCUCAAAUGAAACUCUACAAUCCCCUGCUGCCCGAUCACCGCAAGGCUCUCGAUCUGCACCACGACUAUGGAUGA